AACUUCACAACUUGGAGGUGUGGCUGCACGUGAGCUCACUGAGCUGCUUCAAUGGAAGUACAUGUAACUGAUGUUCAAAGGUUUGAAUUAGAAUUAGAGUUUGUCCAGUCAUUGGCUAAUCCACAGUAUCUCACCUUCCUAGGGCAGAGAGGGUAUUUUAAAGAGAAGACAUUUGUUAAUUAUUUGAAGUAUUUACAAUACUGGAAGACAAAAGAAUACAGCCAUUUUCUAAAAUACCCACAGUGCCUCCAUUUUCUUGAUUUGUUACAAUCUGAACAUUUCCGUCGUGAGCUCUCCAACGCCCAGUGUUCAAAGUUUAUUGAAGAACAGCAACUGCUCCACUGGCACUUGUACACUAAGAAAAGGAUGCAACACCACAUUAUGGCUGAAAAACAAUCCAGCAAUCAAACUGUCAAGCAACAACCUCUUAAAAAUCAAUAAUUUAAUUAAUUAA